AUGAUGCCUUACCAUCACACCAACGACGCUGGCAGAGGCUUGUCUGUAUCUUGUCCCCCAGCUGCACCGCACUCGUCGUAUCACAACUUCGGCAGCGGCAACAACCGCAGCUGCACCACGCCCAUUCGCGAUGACCUCGGACACACCGCCGGCGGCGCGAGCUCGGCCCUACUCCUCGACGCAUUUUCGUACCCUUACGCCGGCGCCGAGCGCGCAUCCAAGAAGCGCAGCCGCAGCAGCAAGUACGUCGACGAAGGAGUGAGACAGGCCGCCAAGUUGAUGCAGAAAGCACGGAGAAGAGAGCAGAAUCGGAAUGCACAGCGCAGGCUGAGAGAUCGCAAAGAAGAGCAUAUCUUCAAGUUGGAGGGAGAGGUGGCUUCGCUUCGGCGACAGAGCGAGUGGGAUCGAACCGAAAGGCGCGAUUUGGAAGGGAUGGUUCGACGAUUGUUGGACCAGCGGGACGAUUUGCAGCGCAGGUGGGACGCGCUUGGGGCGGCAAGCGCAAGCAACGGCCGAGAGAUGGCGGAGUGGAAUGCUGGCAACAGCACAGUGCGAAGCGCUCCCAAAGCAUCUUGGUAUGGUCGCGGCAAAAGCGGUGGCGGCGUGCUGAACCACGACAACGCCCUAGGCCUUGUCGACGCUGAACACGCCGGCUACCUUUCUGCCAGCAGUCGAUGCAGCAGCACGAGCGAUGUCGACACCAGAGAAAGCGUGGCCGGCACCAGCGCCUCGUCCGCGUCCAUCUCCACGCCGCGCUCCGCACCCGCUUCUGCGUUGCACAGCCCCUUGCCCCAGUACAGCCUCAGCGCCCACCGCGGUCAAAGGCCUUACGUGCCGUUGAUACGCAUGCCCAGCGAUCUGAGCAACGCCUCGUCGCCAACCCAGCUCCACCUGCCGAUGAUCAAGCUCGAACCUCGGCAGCAGCAGCAGCAGCAGCAGCAGCAGUUUGCAGCGCUCCUGACCCCCACCCCGCUGCCGAGCGUCGCUGAUCCGCACUGGAGCUAUUGA